AUCUGAGUGGAGCCAACAUGGCGUCAGAACUGGUGGUGGCUCUGCUCUUCAGGGUCCUACUGCCCGUCAGCCUCACUGCAGCCUGUGUGUUCCGGUAUAAUGGGUUCUCCCUGGUCUACCUCGUCCUGCUGCUGCUGCUGCCUCUGGUCCCUGAACCCACCACCUCCUCCAUGAAAGGUAACACGGCCGGACGGUGUGUCAUAGUGGUGUGUGUGUCCAGUUUUGUCUUCCUGCUGCUCCAGUCGUUCUUCCAGCUGAUGACAGCGACACUGCAGCCUGACUACAACUGUUCCUCCUGGCAGAAGGCGCUCGGUCAGGUGGGCCUGGUGAGUCUUUCAGGCAGUGAUACAGGUUCAGCAGUGAGACAGAUUCUUCCAGACGUUGGCAUGUUGCUUGUUGGACUGUUGACCUGGAGACUGAAGAGACGGGUGGAGGAGCAACACAAGGAGGAGCAGGAGGAGGUGCUGCUGUCGGAGGAGGAGUCUGUGGUGGGCGAGGAGGAGGAGCAGCAGGAGGAAGGCGUCAGACUCAGGCUGCUGGCUGAACUGGAGCUGCUGGUUUCCAGAGGCAGACAGAUGUUGGGAAACAUGAUGACGACCGGAGGAAAAGUCCUGGUCACUGGUUUACUGGGACUGGCAGGUAUCAUGUUUCCAUCUCUGUCCUCCCUGCUGUACCUCGUCUCCUUCCUGGUGGUCUGCACCUGGUGGGCGUGGUCAGGCCACGUCCCGCCCCGCCUCUUCAGGUGUGUGUGUGUGUGUUCAAUGCUCUACUCCUCUUCCCACCUGCUGCUCCUGUACUGCUAUCAGCUGCCCGCCCUGCAGGAGGCGCUGCCCCCCAACAGCACCCAUGCCAGUGUGUUCGGGCUGGUCUCGGUGGUCUCGGUGGACUGUGCUGCCCCCUGGAGGUCGGAGGUCAACUCUGCUCUCAGCUGGUUUCACUUCAUGAGUCCCCUGCUGCUCCUGCUGCUGUACUGCACUGUGGCCACGCUGUGGAGGAACCGGGUCAUCGGUGGAGAUGAAGGGGUGAGUGUAGAGGGGGCGGAGCCUACUGAGACAUGUGACACCAUUACCAGCAACAUCACUGAUGACAUCAGCAGUGACAUCACAGCAGAGCGGCGGAGAGAGCUGUGGAGUUCAGCCCGGGACAGGCUGGAGCAGAGAGACGUUCUGGUGUUGUCGACCGAUGAAAGUCCUCCUGACUACUCUUUAGCCCCGCCCACCCAGAACGCCACUCUGGGAUUGGAGCUCUACUCUGCACCUCACUACUCUCUCAGCCAAUCAGACACGGCAGAGACGAGCGUGUUUGAUGCUGCUGGCUGGCAGGAGGAGGAGGAAGAGGAGGAGGAGGAGGAGGAGGAGGAGCAGGAGGGAGUCAGCGCUGUUGCCAUGGCUUUCCGCUUCCUCCUGAAACAAAGUUACAUCUGUGCUCUGAUCGCCAUGAUGGCGUGGUCUAUAACCUACGUGUCAUGGCUGACGUGUGUUCUGCUGCUGUGGUCAUGUGUUCUCUGGAUGAUGCGGGAACGCCGCCGCUACACACUGCUGUCGUCGCCGUGGCUGGUUGCCUACGGCAACCUGCUGGUGGUCUUGCAGUACAUCUACAGCUUCCCCGUCGUCCAAGAAGUACCAGGACUGUUCCUGAAGAAGGAGGUUCCCUGCAGGGAGCUGGCCUCCAAGCUGCUGUGUCUGCUGACCUUCUGGCUGCUGCUGCGCCAGGCGUCGACAGAGAAGACAGACAGACAGGCGGACACGCACCUGUCUAGCAUCAGUGUGCACAGCAGAGAGCACCAGGAGCAGCACAAGCAGAAGGAGGUGUCCUAUGAGGAGCUGCUGCUCCUGGGAGGAGGAGGAGGAGGCGUGCAGAUGGAGACGCUGGUUGCCGUGGUAACCAGGAUGUUUGUUAAAUAUUGGAUCUACGUCUGUGGGACGAUGUUCUUCUUCGUCAGCUUCGAAGGAAGAAUCGUGCUUUAUAAAGUCAUUUACAUGGUGAUGUUCCUGUGCUGUGUCGCACUGUACCAGUUGAACUACGAGCGCUGGCGUGCCUUGCUCCGGGGUUUCUGGGUAGCAGUGGUAGUUUACUCCAUGCUGGUUCUCAUACUGGUUUACACCUUCCAGUUCCCCUCCUCCCCUGAUACCUGGAGCCACUACACUGGACUGAGUAAACACAGGUUGGAGGAUCUUGGUCUGGAGAAAUUCUCAGUUCCUGUUCUCUUCACCAGAAUCUUCAUCCCUGCUGCUUUCCUAUUGGUUUGUAUUCUACAUCUUCAUUACUUCCAUGAGCCAUUUCUCCAACUGACCGAUCUGAAGACUGUAGUGGACACACACAACAGCACUAUCACCAGGCUGGUCCACUCUGAGGGCAGCUUGGUCGACCUGUCGCUGAUGGGCUCGUCCCAACUCCUCCUGGAGGAGGAGAGGAGAGGAGAGAAGGAGAGAGAGGAGGAGAAGUGGAGGGAGGAGGAGGAGGAGGAGGAGGAGGAAUAUCCCUGCAUGUUUGACAGGGAAACCCCGUCUGACCAGAUAGCAGGUCUGGUCUCCUGGAGGCUGGUGGUGGACCGCCUCUCCGUCCUGUUCCUGCGUCUCCUGCUCUCCCUGCAGCGGCUGCAGCGCCUCCUCUGGUGGCUCCUGGAGCUGCACAUCAUCAAGAUCGUCUACGCCUACAUCAUGUGGGUCUCUGUGAAGGAGGUGUGUGUGUUCAACAUGGUGUUUGUGGUGUGUGUCGUCGUGGCGUUGCCCUGCAGGGUUCGGCGCCCCCUGCUGUCAGGAGUGUGCACCGUUUGGACCUGUGUGGUCAUGGUGUGUAAGAUGUUGUACCAACUCAACGCCGUCCAGCCUCACCGAUAUACAUCCAACUGCACCAUGCCAGGGAACUCCAGCUCAGACCUGUCUGGCUCUGUUCUGUACUCGGGGCCGGUUGACCCCGCCCAGUGGGUGGGGCUUCAUAAGACUGAUGGCAAACUGCUGGACUACCUAAGGUACAACCUGGUGAUGUUAGCGCUGCUAGCGUUUGAGGUGACGGUUUACCGGCACCAGGAGCUCUAUCGUCUCCGUGGCAACAUAGAACCGCCUCCCACCAGAACGCUGUUCCAUGACAUCACCAGGCAACACCUUGACGACGGCUUGCUCAGCUGUGCCAAGUACUUCAUGAACUAUUUCUUCUAUAAAUUUGGACUGGAGACCUGCUUCCUGUUGGCGGUUAAUGUGAUUGGUCAGCGAAUGGAUCUGUUUGCUGUAGGCCACGCCCUCGGCCUCGUCACCAUCCUAUCACAUCGCAGCAGGAAGCGUAUUGCACUAAUAUGGCCAAAGUACUGCCACUUCCUGUCAGGGCUGUUGUGUUUUCAGUAUCUGCUGUGCAUCGGCUUCCCUCCUGCUGCAUGUAAAGAUUACCCCUGGAGGUUUCCCUCCUCUAACAUGGACUCCAACGUGGUGAAGUGGCUCUUCCUCCCCGACCAUCUGACCCCGCCCAACCCACUCUUCCUCCUCUAUGACUUCCUGCUCCUCCUGGGAGCCUCCUUGCAGCUGCAGGUGUUUGAAGAGGAGCACCAGCUGUCUGUGCAGCUCCUGGCAGGAGACAACAGUGAGCUGGAGGAGGAGGAGGAGGGACGGGCCUCCAACCUGAUCAGCAGGCUUCACCUGAGCCCUGUGCCCGACUUCAUACUGUGCAGGUCGUACCUUGAUAUGAUGAAGGUCAUCAUGUUCAGCUACCUGUUCUGGUUUGUCCUUACCAUCAUCUUCAUCACUGGGACCACCAGGAUCAGUGUGUUCUGCAUGGGCUACCUGGUGGCCUGUUUCUACUUCCUGCUGGUGGGCGGAGACUUGCUGCUGAAGCCAGUCAGAUCCAUCCUGCUCUACUGGGACUGUCUGAUUGGCUACAACGUGUUUGUCAUCACCAUGAAAAACAUCCUGUCGAUCCUGGCCUGUGGUUUCAUUAAGUCUCUGGUGUUGAAUCACUGCUGGUUGAUCCAGCUCUUCAGCCUGGCCUGCACCAUUAAAGGAUACAGCAAACCGGAGCAGCAGAGCAGUAAACAGUGCGAGUUGCCGAGUGACGAGGCGGGAAUCAUCUGGGACGGCGUCUGUUUCUGCUUCCUGUUGCUGCAGCGACGAGUUUUCAGGAGUCAGUACUUCCUGUAUGUAGUGCUGGAGCUUCACAACACACAACUACUGGCCUCCAGGGGGGCGGAGCUCUUUGAGGCUUCCACAGUGAAAGCCGUCAGAGCGAGACUGGACGUGGAGAAAAACUCCAUGGACCUGCUGAAGAGACAGAUGGAGAGGAUCAAGUCGCGGCAGCAGAAGUUCCGCAGGGGGAAGGAGCGGCUGCUGAGUUUGACCCAGGACAGCUUCCGUACCGACGGGCCGGAGAGCAGAAAGGGGCGGGGCCAGAAGGACUGGUGGAGACCCUGGGUGGACCACGCCUCCAUGGUGAGGAGUGGUAACUACUACCUGUUUGAGACGGACAGCGAGGAGGAGGAGGAGGAGGAGGAAAGGAAGGAAGAGGAGGAGAAAAAGGGGGAGGAGCUUCCUGAGAAGUCAGCCUUCCAGUUUGUGUACCAUGCGUGGAUCACAGACUCCAGGACGGCGCUGAGAGCUCGCAGCAGCCAGAGGAGGCUGAGGAGGAGGAGCAGGAGGGAGGAGCAGAGAGGAGGUGAGGAGGAGGAGGAGGAGGGAGGAGCAGAGAGGAGGAGGGAGGAGGAGGAGGAGGAGGGAGGAAGAGAGGAGGAGAGAGAGGAGGCUCCAGACACUGUGCUGCAUCGGUUCUCCAACACACUGCAGUUCUGCUGGGUUCUGCUGUCGGCUCUGCUGGACUCUCUGACUGCCUGGCUCAACGGUCUGUGUCAGGAGCACGUCGACAUCUCCACUGUGCUGCGGAUAGAGCGCUGCAUGCUAACGCAGCAAGCUAAACAGGGAAACGUGGCCUCCAGGGAGGCCAUCCACGUUUACUACCAGCAGCAGAUGUCAAAGAGCUCCAGGGGAUCAUGUUUGGACUACAUUACCCAUGAGGCCAUUGGACAAGUGGACCACGGCUCCCAUGGCGCCGAAGGGCAGAGCUCAGCAUGGGGUCUCAUGGCAGAGAGAAGAAGGGAGGAGGAGGAGGAGGAGGAGGAGGAGGAAUCAGCAGGAGAUGAGAUGUGUGGAGCAAGAAGGCUUGGAGACAGUAAAGCAGGGAACGUCCCGCCUGAGGACGUCCUGCCUGAGGAGCUCCAGGGGGAAGGUGCAGCACAGGACGUCCCGCCUGAGGACGUCCCGCCUGAGGACGUCCCGCCUGAGGACGUCCUGCCUGAGGAGCUCCAGGGGGAAGGUGCAGCACAGGACGUCCCGCCUGAGGACGUCCUGCCUGAGGACGUCCCGCCUGAGGACGUCCCGCCUGAGGACGUCCUGCCUGAGGAGCUCCAGGGGGAAGGUGCAGCACAGGACGUCCCGCCUGAGGACGUCCCGCCUGAGGACGUCCCGCCUGAGGAGCUCCAGGGGGAAGGUGCAGCACAGGACGUCCCGCCUGAGGACGUCCCGCCUGAGGACGUCCCGCCUGAGGACGUCCUGCCUGAGGAGCUCCAGGGGGAAGGUGCAGCACAGGACGUCCCGCCUGAGGACGUCCUGCCUGAGGACGUCCCGCCUGAGGACGUCCCGCCUGAGGACGUCCUGCCUGAGGAGCUCCAGGGGGAAGGUGCAGCAGGGGACACACCUGGCGCUCCACAAAGCAAAGCGGAGGCAGGAGGAGAGAGCCCAGCUGUGGCUGCUGGACCAGAGCUCAGAGCUGGAGAUACUGGAAAACUACAUUUCCCAGAAUGCCCUGUGGCUAAAACCAGCCAGCGACCACGGCCCAAACUCUACAGGAUGGAGAAAGUGGAGUCCUCUUCCUCCUCUUCCUCAGUGGAGGAGGGGCUCAGCAGGACAGACAGUCAGCGCACCGCGCUCGGCCCUCGUCACGGGACGUCCCGCAGCGACAGGGACUUGACCUGGCCCCCCCUCCCGGACACACAUGAAGACACGCCCCCUCGCCACACACACACCAGUGCCUCCUCCCCCUCUUCCCCCCUCCCCCCUCCGGGCGAGGCCGACAUGCCCCCCUCCUACAGCCUCGCUCUGGGCCUGGACGUCCAGGAGGAGGCGGGGCGAGGGGAGGGGGGGGAGGGGUCCCACAGGAAGCGGCUGUUCGUUCAGGUGCCCGCCGAGCAAAGCGACUUCCUGUCCGAGCCGGCCUCCACUCCCUGUCCCCUGCCGUCACACACCCAGGAGCUGACAGCGAGCGAGCUGCUGAGGAACAGAACGUUUUAUGACCAGGAGUUGGAGGCAUCAGAUCGUUUCUAUGGCAACCAGCCGCAGCUGCUCCAGCUGUGCUACGCCCUCUACAACAUCCUCGCAGCCAGGUCAGAGACGGUGUGUUACCUGGUCAUCGUGUUGAACCACAUGGUGUCUGCCAGCUGUCUGACGCUGGUUCUUCCUGUUCUGGUGUUUCUCUGGGCGAUGCUCUCCGUCCCACGACCCAGCAAGACCUUCUGGAUGACUGCCAUCAUCUACACCGAGGUUACCAUAGUAAUCAAGUAUUUCUUCCAGUUUGGCUUCUUCCCGUUCAACCAGAAGGUGGAGCUGGAGCGCUCCAAGCCCUUCCAUCCGCCCAACAUCCUGGGAGUGGAGAAGAAGGACGGCUACGUUCUGUACGACCUCCUGCAGCUGCUGGCCCUGUUCUACCACAGAGCCACCCUGAAGUGCCAUGGGCUGUGGGACCAGACAGUUACCACGGAGACCAGCACCCCCUCUCACCAUGACAACCAGGCUGACUCCUCCCCCUGCCCCGCCCACACCGAGCAGACGGACUCCGCUAUGCGCAGCGCUCUGCGGCGGCGCUCCAGCCGACACACCCGCUCCGACUCCGCCCGCCUGCACUCUCCUGCAGGCAGUGUGUGUUCCAGUGCUAAACAUCCCAGCAGGACAGACCUGCUUCUGGAGAAACUGAGAGAAGUUUUCAUCAGAGUAAAGAAACACACAGUUAGUCGGUGCCUGUCUCUCUCCCGCCCGGUGUGUCAGUUCUUCAGAGCUCUGGUCCAGCCGGAGUACAGCGCCGUCACUGACGUCUACGUCCUCAUGUUCCUCGCAGACACCGUCGAUUUCAUCAUCAUCGUCUUCGGCUUCUGGGCCUUUGGGAAACACUCUGCGGCUGCUGACAUCACUUCCUCCCUGUCAGAGGACCAGGUUCCUGAAGCCUUUCUGGUUAUGGUGCUGAUCCAGUUUGGUACCAUGGUGAUCGACAGGGCUCUGUAUCUGAGGAAGACAGUUUUGGGGAAGUUGGUCUUCCAGGUGAUUCUGGUGUUUGGAAUUCACUUUUGGAUGUUCUUCAUCUUGCCUACUGUCACUGAAAGACGUUUCAAUCAGAACCUGGUCGCUCAGCUCUGGUACUUUGUGAAAUGUGUUUACUUCGGUUUGUCUGCCUACCAGAUUCGCUCUGGUUACCCGACCAGAGUCCUGGGAAACUUCCUGACCAAGAGCCACAACUACCUCAACCUCUUCCUGUUUCAGGGUUUCCGGCUGGUUCCCUUCCUGACGGAGCUGCGGGCGGUGAUGGACUGGGUCUGGACCGACACGACUCUGUCUCUGUCCUCCUGGAUCUGUGUCGAGGACGUUUACGCCCACAGCUUCGUCUUAAAGUGCUGGAGAGAGUCCGAGAGGCGUUACCCCCAGCCACGAGGCCAGAAGAAGAAGCGUGUGGUGAAAUACGGGAUGGGGGGGCUGAUCGUGGUCCUGCUGAUCUGCAUCGUCUGGUUUCCUCUGCUCUUCAUGUCGCUCGUCAAAUCCGUCGCUGGAGUGGUGAACCGGCCGCUGGACGUGUCCCUCACCAUCACACUGGGAGGCUUCCAGCCCAUCUUCACUAUGAGCGCCCAGCAGAACCAGCUCAAAGACCUGACGGAGGAAGACUUCAGCUCCUUCAUCAGCAACUACAGCUACACCCCCAGUGCCUUGCAGUUCCUGGAGGCGUACAGCAGGGAGGACGUGACGCUGGCGGAGCUGCAGGGCAGCAGCAACUCCCUGUGGACCAUCAGUCCACCCAGCAGACAGUACCUGAGCCAGGUGCUGAACCUGGAGCACUUCCCCCUCACCGUGUCCUGGACCAUCCAGAGGAACUUGAGUCUUGGGGCGAAGGCGGAGCUUGCGUCCGGUAAACAUGUGACCUUCCUGGAUGAUCAGACCCGACUGGAGCUGAUCCAGCUGCUGAAUGGGACCAGGACACUUCCUGUGGUGAUACAUGAAGUGUUUCCGUGUUUCAUUCGAGCGCCCAGCGACUCCAACGCCAAACCCAUCGAGCAGCUUUACCGAGACGACCGCUACCAGGACAUCCUGCUGGCGCUGGAGCGGUCGACCAAUCAGAGCCGAGAGAUCCAGGAGUGGUGGAUAGUCGACCAACGAGCUGACAGCUUGGUCCCACUGAGGGGCGGGACAACUGUGACUGACAGGAGGGAGGCGGGGCUUCAGCUGUUCGUCUUCAGCGACAAAGUCAGUCCUCCGAGUCUGGGCUUCCUGGCCGGAUAUGGCAUCAUGGGUCUGUAUGCCUCGGUGGUUCUGGUGAUCGGGAAGUUCGUCAGGGAGUUCUUCAGCGGGAUCAGCCACUCCAUCAUGUUCGAGGAGCUGCCCUGCGUCGACCGCAUCCUCAAGCUCUGCACCGACAUCUUCCUGGUGAGGGAGACGGGCGAGCUGGAGCUGGAGGAGGAGCUUUACGCCAAACUGAUCUUCCUUUACCGAUCUCCAGAAACCCUGAUCAAAUGGACACGGCGCUGACAUCACGGAUCAAUACAGUAUUGAUCAUGAAUAUCAGUUAUCAUCUGUGAAGAUUCCAAUCAAAGGGACACCAUGCUGCCGUCAUGGAUGUGAUCAAUAUUCAGGAUUAUUAACAGUAUUAUCUGUGAACAACCUGAUCGGAUGGAUGUGAUUCUGACAUCAUCGAUCAGUACAGUAUUAAUUAUGAAUAUUAAUUAUUAACAAUGGAGAUAAACAAGAUGAAAAAACUACAGUGACAUCAUGGAUUAUGAUUACAUCUAUCAGAUAUAAUAAAAAAAACUGACUCUAGAGCCGUGUUGUCUCUUUAAAUAUUACACAACAGCGAGAUUAUCCAGUAGAUACUACUGUAAUCCCAGAUUACUGAAUACUACAGCAGUACUACUGUGAUCCCAGAUUAUAUAUUACUACUACAGCACUACUGUGAUCCCAGAUUAUAGAUUACUACUGCAGUAAUACCAUAAUCUAGAGUACUAUUACAUAUACAGAAUACUAUUCAAAGUACUAUUUCUACUGCAGUAUUACCACAUGUCAGUGCAGUUGUACUGCAGUAGUACUGUAUUCCAACAGAGGACUGGUUUCCAUGGAGACUGAGGACAUCCCAGCUGACCAAUAGGAGCCACAGGCUGGAGCGACAUCACACUGGAGUCGAGGGUUUUUUAAUCUGGGUCAGAAUAAAAUGGUGGUUGUGGCUGGUUGCUAUGGCAACGACACAUGUAGCGCAGUAAAGCGGGUUCUUACACUCUUUAACAGCUGAUGUGUGGCGAGUUCAGUGCACUGGUUCCCAAAGUGGGGUUCAGGACCCCCAGGGGUCCUCGAGGGUCUUCCAGGGGGUCACAAGCAUUUAUCCACAAGAAAUCUGAGCCACGCUCAGCUGUGGCCUUUUAACUGGAAAUGUAAUUUUCCUAGUUUUUUGUUUGUUUGUUUGUUUGUUUUGUUUGUCAGCUAAUUAAAAACAGCUGACAACAUCGAAUUAGCGAAUAUUACCAUGAGCCUGAGAGGUUAUGAAUUAGCUGAUGAUUUUAAUGAUGCUCACCUCUACUGCUCUGGUUUGAAAAACUGCUGUUGGUUGAUUUAAAGGCACCGCGGCGAACUCUGCCGGGACGGGGACGUCGUGUCCCUCUCCAAAAACUGCAGCGCGGUUAUUAGUUGGACGACCAGAUGGUGGCGUUGUUUCCACAACCAGUAAAGAUCCAGUGAGAGCAACACUCCAGGAACUAUUGAUAAUAUUAUUAUGAAAAAAUGAUUUAUUUCUUCCUCACAAACCAAAAAGCUCAAACAAAUGAAUGUGUGCAAUAUUUUCAGUCUGUGAGUGAGUUUAUUGACAUACACUUUUUUUAGAAUUUACUUUAUAUUAUCUUUUUUGUUAAAUUUGUUUAUUUUGUUUUUGCUGUAUUUCUAUCACUUUGUUUUAUCGUCUU